AACUGACAGUUAUAGUAAAAAGUUAUAGAAUUUUAUUUAAAAGUCCGUAACUGAAUUUUAAAAUAGUUGUAAUUUUAAAAAGUUAGCAAUGGAGGUUACAAUAAUCUUUAUCCUAAAAUUAAUUGAACUGGCUAUAACAGUGGCUUGUAUUGUCUUGUGGGAAAUAAUAGGGUUUCUGUCUACUGAAAUAUUGCUAGUUAUCGGUACUAUUGCGGGUUACGCUAUCAUUUGCGCCAUUUUUACAAUUGGUUACAUCUUUAAUUCGAUGGCACCCAAACUUUUGAAUAUUUUAUUUUCUGUUGUCGGUUGUAUUCUGUUUAUUGCAUCAGGAAUUGAUGUAAUUCUAGAGUGGGAGAGCGAUGAAUUUGCUGGAAGUAACCGAGUUUGUGGCCUGACUGCUGGAGGUCUGAUGAUUAUUAACAGCGUUGUAUUUUUAUGGGAAGCAAUACUUCUUCAUAGGGGAGGAAGUGUUGACUAAUCAAAGAAUGGCUUUUUGUAUCCCAAAUUUUUAGUCUUAGUCGAAUUUGAUUUUUUCGAAAAAUUAAAAUCAUUUGAUU